AUGCCUAUAGACGUCCCAGACCAGCCGAAUGGCGCUCAGCUACCUCCACAACCUAACGAUCCCCCCACCUUGACCGACCUUUGCAACGCGCUCAUGUAUAAUCAUCGACUUCGUCUCAGCCACCGUAAAGAACCACUGUAUCAUUCAUCCUUUAACUUCUCUUUGACCUGUCUUUUCCGUUCAGAACUUGAACUUGAUUGCAUGAAUCAGAACUUUGCAUCGAGCGAUGACGUUGGGAGGGGUGUAAUGUACCAGGCCAAACUUAUCCAGGCAUACGCUGGCCAAGAUGUCGAGGCUCCUGCCUGGUUUGCGCCUGCCUUAGCUGCUUGUUUGGCGCCAGUAACUCGUGUCGCUCAUAGGGCAUAUAAUCUUUCAUGUGGUGACGGGCGCUCCCGGCAUUUCCAAGUACUACCUUUUGUCGAUGGGACCCUACCGACGGCGGAACCGCACAACCUCCCGGCGUUGACUAAUGUUGAUAAGGUCAAUGGAUUGACUGGACCACAAGCAACUGCAUAUCUCGCUGGUUAUGGACUGCCCCAUCAGCAAAACAUUGACCUUCGCAAAAGGGCUAUUCGUAGCGAAAUUGGUUGCACUGCUAUGUAA